UGAUUUUUCCUCCAAAGCACAGUGCAGGACUGUCACUUGCAGAUAAUACUCCUGGGGUGGAAAGCCUUUCCUUCUGCGUUGCUCUAAUUCGUCAUUUCCAUUCUGAUUGGUGUUCUGUUUCGAUUCGCAACGGUAUCCUGCAGUGAAAUUCAGUGAAAGAGCGUGUUACUACUGUUACAGUGGUUUGAAAACGAUCGCCACAUUCGUUCCUUAUGCUAGAGGUCCUCCACAACACCAGGAAAGGAGUCGCGAACAACGCACGGCGGCGUAUAUUAUCUCACUAAUAUACAUAUAGCAAAGGAACUACGAUGGAGCUGUUAACCCGGAGGCAAUUUAACUUAAUUACUAGCGCCGGAAAUAGUGCCACCCUGUCCGCAGCAACCCCUUUACUACUGCUCUUACUGCUAGCCACCGUUGUUCCGUACCAUGGCACGAUUGCACUACCCGAGGGAACGUUCCCGGUUGCGAAGCGUAUGAAUAUCGAAACAUGUUUAGUUCGGUUCGAUGUGCAUCUCAACACCAUCAUACGCACGGAAGAGUCACGAUCGAUGGGUGCCCGCUUCCUGGACGAUGCGGAUCUUAAUUCGCGCGAACAGUGCCUGCGACUCUGCUGCGAAACAGAAAACUGCGAUGUGUUCGUGUUCGAGGAGAAGAGUCCAGGAACGUGUUUCCUCUUCCAGUGUGGUCCACCGGAGAACUUUCGCUGUAAGUUUACGCGCCACUCGAACUACACCAGCGCGGUUCUGUCCAUCCCACCGCCCCCUAUGGAGCAACCACCGCCACCACCACCGCUGGCGGCGCAGAUACAAUCGUUAGCUGGUCAGCCGGCCACCACCAGCAGUAACGGUGCGACCAAGCCGCUCUCCCAGCACGAGCUAGAGCUGGUCAGCUUGAAGGACGGUGGUGGCACCAACGGCAAACAGAUUGGAUCAAAUCUAGCGUCCGCUUCCUCGACAACGCCCCUGCCACCGUUGGGUGUUCGACUCGGCGAAUUACCAACCACCCCUAGCGCCAGCACACCGAAACAGACGGCGGUGGCGACGCAACAGUGUGGCCAUUUCGAGUUUCCGUGUCACUCGGGCGAAUGCAUUGCCGUGUACAACGUGUGCGAUGGCAUCCCACAGUGCGAGGACGGCAGUGACGAAGGUGCCGAAUGUCCGCAAAAGAACGAUCGCGCACCGCUCGUUUCGUCGCCGGGCGUGCUGCAGCAGGGCAGAGAGCAGGGCGCCGGCCUAGGAAAUGCCAACGGUGGUGGUUCGGUCAAUCAGCCCAUCAUGAUGAUUCCCUCGGUGCGUGGUGGUGCAGGCGGGAACAAUCCGCUAGGGAUGCCCUCACAGGGAAUGAUCGGGCAGGGAAUGUAUCAACCGUUGGAUUUUCAGCAACCGCCGAAUCGCUUCAGCUUGUCGUUGGAGCAGCAACAACAGCAGCAACAACAACAACAGCUUACCAAAUCGAUUAUGCACCGCAACCGGGAAGAUCCGAUGACAGCGCCCAAACCCUGGCCCCGUCCAGCUAUCAACGAACCCAACUACGUUGAUACCUCUGAUAGUCACAUCUUCAAUCACAAGGGUGGUCUGCAGCUUUCGCCGAUUAACGGCCUGGGCCCAGCAUCGCAGCAAUAUCAGGAAUCAUUACCAGAGCCCAACUACAUGCCAUCGUCCUCCGUUAUACGGGGUGGCGGUGGUGGCAAAUCGUAUCUGACCCUGCCAGGGAGCAACGGCUAUCCGCAGCAACCGUUGCAACAAUUUCCACCGGAACAGCCCCAACAACUCCCGCCAUCAUCUUACAAAUCCAUCCUUCCUUCGCAGUGGAUGGGAAGCAACAGCGUGCGAUCCAAUUGGCCAAUGCAACCGGGAGAUGGUUUGCCUAGCGGCGGUGGAAGCGAUGGAGCUCUUGUUCCUCAAGAACAGUACAUACAGCCACCAGUCCAACAGCACCGUCCUGUGAUGCAAGAGCUGCAGUCAACUUCCAAUGGGGCGGACGCAGCGUCCUCGAUUACAAUGCAACAACAGUCGGUGAUCAAUCAACCCGCCGCUCAUCCUUCCGGUGCACAGUGGGGACUGGGAUCGCAGACAGCAGGGAGUGGAGCAACUCCCACACCGAACGCUGUUGUUCCUGGUGCACCUGCUGCACCUGGAGCUGCUGGAGAGGAAUCGAACAAUCGCGCCGGGUCUGAUACUCCAGCGGCAAACAACAAUCCUGCGACAGGGCACGAAUCGUUGCCUUCGUCUGGUGCCACCGCUCCAGACAGCGCUAAACAUAAACCCCCGGUAAGCAAUCCUUCUGGCGGUGGGGCAGAAUAUGAGGAAGAUGCUUACGAAGACACUUACCCGGAGUCGACGAAUGCGGCCGGCGGUGAAGAGCAAUCGCAGCCGCCCACCCAAACGGAGCCACCGAAGAAAAAGCUUCGAAAGCAUCACAAACACGGCAAGCAGGGUGGUGGUGCUGCCUCGGACUCGGAGCUGGACACUGCAAAUGAACAGCAGACGGAACAACAGCAGAAAAAGAAGAAGAAAACUAAAACCAUCAAAAAAGAUAAGGCAGCGGAUCAUGCGGCGGGCAGCGGGCAUCACGCUGGCACCGAUCCGAUCGUGCACGAGCAUCUGAAGGCGCUGCACAAGGAUCUGGAGAUCGAGUUUGCGGACCACGACGGGUAUGCGGACCGUCCCGGUGGUGCCAUGCUCUCACUUACCCUCGGCGUGCUGCUAACGGCGGCCAUGGGCAUUCUGCUCAGCUGCCGGAUGCGUGUCGCCCGUCGAAGAAUUCGCCGUCCGGGGAAAUCGUCCUACGCGCACGAUGCCGACUUUCUCGUGAACGGCAUGUAUCUGUAGUGGUGUCGCGUGUGUAGCUGCUGAACACAGGGACGCUUUGGGGGCAGGAGGGUCAGUUUACGAUUUGGCUGGGCCAUACACUAAAUGAACCCACGUUUGUUGUUCCGUUGUUUCAUCCCUUUUCCGUUGCCGUUUGCUGGAUGAUGUUGUGGUUUCUUGCUUUCUUUCCAGCCAAGAACGAUUCUUGAAAAGUGCGGUUUAAAAUCAAGUAUUACGUUUAUUCCCUAGAGCUGUAAUUAGUGAAAAAAUAUUACCAUUAACACAGGAAUGAAACAUAUACAGUGUGUGUGAAAUAAAAUAAACCCACAACAAAACAA